ACCGCGCCAGCUGGUAUUUUCCUGAGGUGUGAUCGGAGCGUGUAUUAUUUGAACUGAACAUUUUUAUUUUUUCCCAAAGGGAUAUUUCCUCCGCUUCUGCUUCUUCUUCCCCUUCUUCUUCUUCUGGAGGUGUAGUGUACUACAGCCCUCACAACAUACGGGGCGUCCGACUUGCUGGAUGAAAUUACCUUCAAGGCAGCGGCGCACGGCACUUGGCGACAAUAAACAAGAGCGGGUAAAGCCUCCUUUGGCCUCCAGGAGCAGAUAGAGGGACCACAGUGGAGACCCUGGUUCAUGUUUAGGAUUAUUCGACGCGCAGGUCGUGCCCGCAGCGGUUCGCAAGGAUGGAAAACGCAACCAAGAUCCCCAAAAGAUUGGCUUGGCUUGGCUUACUUCUGGUGGCGUCUGUUUUACUUGUAGUGGACAGCAAGAGAGCCAGGCAGCCUCGUUGUCCCGCAUCAUGUACAUGUACCAAAGAUAACGCGUUGUGCGAAAGCGCAGGACUGAUCCCUCGCAGCUUUCCAUCCGAUGUCAUAUCACUAUCAUUCGUGAAGUCUCAAUUCACUGAAAUCCCGAAAGAGAGCUUCAUCCACACGCCUGCCCUGCAUCUCCUUCUUUUCACCGCCAACACCUUUGACUCAAUAAAUGAGGACGCGUUCCUUGGACUUCCUCAUCUGGAGUAUCUAUUCAUUGAGAACAACCAAAUCAAGUCGAUAUCGCCACAUGCUUUCCGUGGGCUGAAAACUUUAGUACAUCUGAGUCUGGCCUAUAACAAUCUUGAGACUCUGCCCAAAGAUGUGUUCAAAGGCCUUGAGGCCUUGACCAAAAUAGACUUGCGGGGGAACCAGUUCAUCUGUGACUGUAAGCUGAAGUGGCUGGUGGAGUGGAUGUACCACACCAAUGCAACGGUGGACCAGAUUUAUUGUAAAGGCCCAGCCACCCAUCUGGACAAGAAGAUCAAUGAUCUUGUGCCUCAGUCCUUUGACUGCAUCACCACAGAGUUUGCCUCCUACCAAUCCCUGAAGUUUGAAUCUAUAUCUGUGGAGGCUUUUUCUUUUGGGAAUGACCAGUAUGUGGUAUUUGCUCAGCCCUUCAUUGGGAAAUGUAGUUUUCUGGAGUGGGAUCAUGUGGAGAUGGUCUUCAGAAAUUUUGACGAUAUUGACAGUACAUCUACAGUGAUUUGCAAACCUUUGGUUAUUGACAACCAGCUUUUUAUCAUUGUGGCUCAAUUGUUUGGUGGUUCACACAUCUAUAAGCGCGACAUCUCUGCUAACAAGUUCAUUAAGAUCCAAGACAUUGACAUCCUCAAAAUCCGCAAACCCAACGAUGUAGAGACAUUCCGCAUCGAUGGAGAAUCUUUCUUCGUCAUCGCUGACAGCUCUAAAGCCGGUUCUACCACCAUCUACAAGUGGAACGGUAAUGGCUUCUACUCACACCAGUCUCUCCACCCAUGGUACCGGGACACCGAUGUGGAGUACAUGGAGAUCUCCUCCAAACCUCACCUAAUACUGUCCAGCAGCUCCCAGAGGCCGGUCAUCUACCAGUGGAACAAAGGCACCAAGCUGUUUGACCGCCGCACUGACAUCCCAGAAAUGGAGGAUGUCUACGCCGUGAAGCAUUUCCAGGUCAAGAACGACCUCUUCAUCUGUCUGACACGCUUCAUUGGCGACUCCAAAGUGAUGCGCUGGGAUGGUGCCCUAUUUCAUGAGUUGCAGACCAUGCCCUCACGUGGCUCCAUGGUGUUCCAGCCCUUUGCAGUGGGCAAUUGGCAGUACGCCAUCCUGGGCAGCGACUACUCCUUCACCCAGGUGUACCGCUGGGAUGACAAGAAGGGGCAGUUUGUCCAUUUUCAGGAGCUUAAUAUCCAGGCACCUAGAGCCUUCUCUCCAGUCUCCAUAGACAACCGGCAAUUCCUGCUGGCCUCUAGUUUCAAAGGGAAGACGCAGAUCUAUGAGCACCUAGUCAUUGAUCUGAGUAAUUGAACGACGCUUGAUUGGUUGGUUAAUAGGUUGUUUGACUGAUUGGUUAUUGUAUGUGAAGUUGGAUGUUGAUGCACAUAAUGUGCUGUUUGUACAGGAGUGAGAGGGAUUAAUAGUUGAAUCCUAACUUGAGAAUGACAAGCAUUACUCAUUCAUUUUUUAAAAAAUGUUCCAUUAACAUCAGUGCAUGAUAAAUGUAAAAGCUGAGUUAAAUGCAUGUGUCUCAAGUUAGGAUAAGACUCAAUGUUGUUAGACAUUAAUGCAUGACCAAGGCCUCAAGCGAGGCCAUCCCAUCCUGAUAAAUGCAACGCUUGAAACGUCCAUGUUCGUUAACCCAUGAAAUCUAGCAUUGGCCAGUAGGUUUUUUUGUUUUGUUUUGUUUUGUUUUUGUGUUAACCAUUCAUGUGACUUAACACUGUUUAUACAUUUGUAAUCUCAUAUAUUUCUCUAGAAAAUUAUAAACAAAUUGUAAUUUUUAACCUAUUAAUAUGUUUAGCUGAACAAAUCUGCCAAAAUGAAAUGUUUACAUUUUUCUGUCUUUCCACUUGUAAGCUAAAUGAUUUGUAAAUGAAGCUUUUGUAAGUCUAAGAGGGACCACGCCAGUUAGAUACAUAUUUGUUAAGGAGAUUGAUAUCGUUUUAAAAUUAUGUUUAUAGUCUGGAAAAUAUCAACACAAAUGUUGUGUGAGGAUCUAGCCGUAUAUCCUUGCAACUUACAUUUUUAAUGUCUGGUUUGUACGACAUUUAAAGUAUUGACAAAAGUUAACAUUAACACUGUGUUUUCAUAAUAUGUGAGGCAAAACUUUUUGGGCGUGUUUGGAACUAUUUUCACACGAGUUAGGAGACUAAAUUGAAAACAUGAGGAUAUUGUUGAUAAUGUUACCUUUGACUAACACAUGUAUGCAAAAUAAAACAAUUGUCAUCAUUAGGAUAAAGUUAUUGACUAAUACCAUGUUAUUUAGACUGAAUAAAGGUUUACAUCAUUGACUGUUCCAUCUCAUCUGAGCUCCCUGUUGGCACUGUGUGGCAUGACAAGGCUUCAAUCCCAGGGCCUCAAAGCAAACUGAGGACCUGCUAUUCUAAUACAUCCACUUCAUCUCCUGGGGGAAAUUGUCAUCUUAAAGUUAGUUGUGUAAUUAUGGAUUCAGACAUGAUAAAUAAAAUAAAAUAAAUACAAACAA